AUGCUGGCGCACGAGGCCGUCAAGACCACCAACAUGUUCAGCUCGCUGACCAAGACCAGCAGCGUGGGCGGCAGCAGCGCCAGCACGGCCAGCACGCCGACGAGCUCCGGCGGCGCCGCCAAGAAGAAGAAGAGCAAGAGCAAGAAGAAGACCAGCAGCAGCCAGGGCAACAAGGCCGACCAGAGCGAGAACCGCGCGGCCGCCGCCAACCGAGGCGCCGCCGCGCAGGAAGACGCGUCGCAGCUGCCGCUCACGCGUCGUCUCGAAGUAGCGGCGGCCAUCCCGGACACGCACGCAGCGCUCGUGGGGCUCCUGGGCUGGAGCAGGCUCUACGUGCACACGGAGACGAUCCUCACCUUCUUCCAGAGCGACGCGCUGUCGCUGCUGCUCAGCAACGUGCUGCGCUCGCGGCCGGCAGCUGCAGUGCUCGACAACCUGGAGGCGCUGCUGGCCAACUGCCUUUCGGUGGAGAGCAGCAACGUCGAGGCCGCUGAGGGGUCCGUGGGGGCCGCGCCGCAUCGACAGAUGGCUGGCGAGGUCGUGGCGGCCGUGAGGGCCAUUGCGGACCAGUUGCAGGGCGCUGCAGAGGACGCGGAGGACGUGAAUGCAGAGGUGGAGCGCGCCGCGAGGAGUCUCAGUCGCCUAGUGUGCGCCCACGCGCUGUCGCUGCAUGGCGUGGACCUGGACUCGCCUCUGACGAAGGAUGUGCAGAACCUGGAGGCCAAGAUCGCGGCGGUGACGAGCGCGGACGAAGCUGUGCGGGGCCAGACCAUCCGCGAGUCCUUCCAGCGACGGGAUCUGCGGAGCGACGCGCUGAAGCUGCACGAGACGCGGCUGAAGAAGCUCACCAAGCUGGUGGAGGAGCGCGUGCAGAGCUCCGAGCAGCAGCAUGAGGUAGAGGAGGAAGUUGAAGAAGAGGAUAACGAGAGCCCGGAAGACGAUUCACAGACCGCGCAGGACGAGACGGCAAUGCAGGAGGUGACCAAGGCGCUGCAGGAGAUGCAGAACCGUAAGGAUGCCGAGCUGGCCCCGCUCCGCGAGAAGAAGAAGGCAGCGAGCGCGGAGGCACAGACUCUGCGCCAGAAGCAAGAGGAGCUUGAGGCCCAGCUGCGCGCAGUGAAGAGCGAGCUGGAGCGCGUGGUUGGCGAGCAGUACCAGGCUGACGAGGGGAUGCGCGCAGUGGAGGAGCGCUUCAUCACGGACACGGCGCGAUUCCGAGCCGAGCACCAGCACGUAACGCGGCGGUUCUCCAGGGCGCAGCGUCGGCGCGUUAUCACGACGGAAGUUAGCCGAGUGGAAAAUGAAGUGCGUCAGGCACGACUUGCCCACAGCCAGGUGCACGCCCUGCGCGCAAAGCAGACGUCCUGUAUUUCUCAGCAGCUCGAGGCCUCGCUCAACUACUUCGAAAGCGAGCUGCCCUGUGUGAAGUUCAUGAUGUCGCGCGUAGAGGAGAACGAGGCUCAGUUGACUGCGGCGCGCAGCGAAGCAGCGUCGUACCGAGCGCUAGGCGUGUCGGCCGUUGCAGCAGAACUCGAAGAGAAGGCUGGAGGUCUCGAAGCGCAUGUGGAGGAGGACAAGAACUGCUUAUCGGCGCUGCGCAAGCGUGACGAGGAGCUGCUGAGCAGUAUGCGCCGCAUACUCACAGAUUCGUCGAUGCGUGAAGCUCUAACUGGAGUUGAAGAGAAGAUCAAGAACGAGUCACAACGCAUGAUCGACUACGUUAGCAAGCUGUACGAGGAGAGUGCAACUCUCAGUACAGGCAACGCUGAUAGCGGUUCUCAAAGCAAUGGAGCCAUCGGCUCCAAGAAGAAAUAA